AGCAGCAGCAGCAGGGUCAGCUCCGUUCCACACCUACUGAGCACUGGGGCAUCAUGCAGAGGAAGAGUAGCUUCACUGGUCUCCUCAUCACUGCUCUGUGUGCAGUGGCCUCUGGUAAACUCAGAGAAUAUCACUAUGUGUCUGAAGAGAAGACCUGGUCAGAGGCUCAGCGGUACUGUCGUGAGCACUACACUGACCUGGCCUUCAUCAGCAACCAGGAAGAAGUAGAUCAGCUCCUUCCCAUUUCAAGGGGUGAUUGGACCUGGAUUGGUUUGCACAGAGAUGCUAACGACCCAACAGGAUGGACAUGGUCAGGAGGAGAGAACUCGGCAUUUAGGUUUUGGAAGUCAGGAGAGCCAAACAAUGCUGGUGGCAUUGAGGACUGUGUCAUGGUACAGUGGGAUGUGAGAUGGAUGGAUUCGCGUUGCUCCCGGACACGCCCCUUCUUAUGCUACAAGGAGAAGCUGAUCCUGGUUCAGGAGAUGAAGACAUGGGAGGAGGCUCUGAAGUACUGCAGGGAUCACUACACCGACCUCCCCAGCCUGCUCUCUAAGACUGAACAUCUCCAGGCCCAGAGCAAGAUGGAGGGUGCCCAGACCGACCAUGUGUGGACGGGUCUGAUCUUCCUGGCCAGAGAAUGGCUGUGGGUGAACGGGGACCACCUGAAGUACCAGGCCUGGUCUGGCGGGGAGCUGCCCCACUGCCCCACCCAAUACCUCCACUGUGGGACCCUGACCAGAGAUGAAGAGCACUGGGGAACCAGGAACUGUAAGGAGAGGAGGAACUUCCUCUGCUACAGAGCGUGAGCCCCAGAGAAGAGAGAUAUUACUACUAUGGCUGACCCUGUAAAACGACACAUUUCCUGCAGCUAUCUGGUGUAUGUGACAAUAAGACAUAUUUUUUGGUGUGUGUUUUCUACAAUAGUCUACUAUUUUUGUACCUGUAGAUACCGUGGUUAUGAUAGUGGGUGCUUUGUGUGUACAAAGACCAUAA